AUGUGUGGUCGUUUUGCUCUAGGGGUAGCUUUGAACGAGUUGCCAAAAGAAUUCGGUCGAUCAGUUUUACAUAACCAAGCUAACGAAAUUCAUCAAGAAAACGAUACUGGUGAUGGAAAUUAUCAUUUCCAUAUUCGUGGAUCGGAGGAUGACAUGAGAUUGCAAUUGAAUGUGGCAAAAGUGACUGAUUGGUAUCCAUCAUACAAUAUUGCACCAACUAAUUCUGCAUUGAUAAUAUAUAUGACGGAGUCUGGUACACAAUUCAAUGCCAAAUAUAUUUUAGAGCCUCUGAAGUUUGGGAUUGUACCAUCUUGGGCAAAGCCAUCGGAUUCGACUCCUGUCGGCAAAGGGACUGAUAAGGAAGGAAGUAAAUAUUCCCGAGAACUAGGGAGAAUGCAGGCCAAGUAUUUCAAUUGCAGACGUGAGUCGUUGAAACAAGCAAAAUCACUUUGGAAUUCAUGCAAAAAUAAUAGGUGUGUAGUUCCGAUACAGGGUUAUUUUGAAUGGAUGAAAACAAAGACGGGCAAAAUUCCAUAUUUUGUUCAUUCCACAACAGCUCCAUUGUGCUUUUUAGCUGGAUUCUAUUCGCAUAAUUACAAUUAUACAGAAAAUCAAAAUGUCAGCGGUGAAUACUUAUCAACAUUUACAAUCAUUACUGUUCCGGCAGUAAAGGAAGAUGCUAACGAUAUGUCUUGGCUACAUACUAGGAAACCAAUGCUCAUUGCACCCGGAACGAAGGUUUGGUAUGAUUGGUUAGAUCCCAAAAUACAUUGGAACGAUAAAUUUGUUGAAACGGUUUUGAAUUCGACUUUGAAUCAAGCAUACACUGAUAUCGAAGCAUAUCAGGUUACAAAGGAGGUCGGUAACUCAAGUAAUGAUGGCGAAAAUAUGAUCCAAAAGAUAAAUGUCAAGAAGCAGUCUUCCCUUAGCUAUUUCUUAAGCGCCCAAAAAGGGCAGAAUAAACCCAAAUCAACUUCACGUUCAAAUCCGGUGAAAUCGGAAACAGAAGUGAAGCAGGAGUUCAAAAAAGAAGGGAAUUCAAAGAAAAGGGUGAAAUCUCAGCUUUUGAAUUCACAAAAGAAAAGGAAGACAGUUACUGGUGAGCUGUUUGAAGUGAAAAAAGAGGUUUGA